AUGGCUAUCACCAACCAGUACACAUGGCUCAUCACUGGCUGCUCUCGCGGAAUAGGGCUGGAGCUCACCAAGCAACUUCUUGAGUUGCCUUCCAACUUCAUUAUUGCAACGUGUCGCGAUCCCUCCAAGGCAACGGCUCUUAAUGCCCUGAAGAGCUCCGCCAAGGGGACGCUGCAGAUCAUCCGUCUAGACGUGGAUGAUCGGGAGUCGAUGAUGCAGUCGGUCGAAGAGGUGUCUGCAAUUGUCGGAGAGAAGGGUCUCGACUAUCUCAUCAACAAUGCAGCGAUUAACCAAGAGAUAGACACCGCCUUCACCAUGAAUAUCGACGGGUGGGCUCAGGUGUUCAAGACGAAUGUUGCGGCACCUGCAUUCAUGGCUCAAAUAUAUCUCCCUCUCGUCGAGCGUAGCGAGAAGAAGACCAUUGUGAAUGUUUCGAGCUCUCUUGGGGCGUUCGGCUAUGGCUUUGGCGAGACAUGGGCGUCUUACGCAAUCACCAAGACCGCGCUCAACAUGCUGACGUACAAGCAGAAGGCGGAGCGGCCCGACAUCAACGUCGUUUGCCUUUGCCCCGGGUGGGUUAAGACAGACAUGGGGGGAGAUGAUGCGCCUCUCACUCUCACAGAGAGCGUUGCCGGGGUUGUGAAGGUCAUCACCUCCUUGCGGCCGGAGGACAGUGGGCGCCUCAUCAAUUACCGACACGAGAUUGUGCCGUGGUGA